AUGGCCUAUGGGCUGCAGAUAAAAGAUGAAGAAAGUGGCUAUAAUAAAAAUCUGUUUUGCAUUCCCAAGCAUUAUGAAGAAGAUCUAGAAAGAGUCUUCAUUCCUCAUGGACUUAUCCUGGACAGGACAGAACGUUUGGCAAGAGAUAUCAUGCAAGAUAUGGGAAGUCAUCACAUUGUUGCACUCUGUGUCCUUAAAGGAGGCUAUAAAUUCUUUGCUGAUUUGCUAGACCAUAUAAAAGUACUAAAUCAAAAUGGUGAUAAAUCUGUGCCUAUUACUGUGGAUUUUGUUAGAAUAAAAGGCUACUGUAGUGAUUCACCUACAGAAGAAAUCAGUAUCAUUGGAGAAGAACUGUCUACAUUAAAUGGGAAGAAUGUGUUAGUAGUAGAGGACAUUAUUGAGACUGGCAGAACAAUGAAGGCGCUACUUUCAAAACUAAAAGACUACAAACCAAAGAUGGUAAAGGUAGUAAGCUUGCUCAUUAAAAGGACACAUCAAAGCUCAGGCUACAGACCAGACUAUACAGGUUUUGAAAUUCCAGAUAAAUUUGUGGUUGGAUAUGCUCUUGACUAUAAUGAAUACUUCAGAGAUCUAAAUCACAUCUGCAUUCUGAAAGAGAAAGCCAAAGAGAGAUAUAAAAUCUGAUCACAUCUGAUCACACCACAUCUGGAGUAUCAGCCCACUGUCAUGUACAGCUGUGUGGAUGAAUGAUGAGAAGUAAUUUCCUACUAAUCAUAUUCAUUUCACUGCAGAACUGCAACAUUCUUUUAAAGACAGUUCUUUGUAUAUUUUUUCCUAUAACGAUGAAAAUAAUGUUUUGUAAAACAGUAUAACAAGAGUAUAACUUCUCUUCAAGUUUUACUGAAACCGGAACAGACCACUGGCUAUAAAAUGUGUAUUAUAUUGUAUAUUAUAUCCCACUGGAAUCGCAGGGGACAGAGCCAGAACACAUAUAUGUGUAUACAGUUAUGUUUGGGUUUUAGUUACUGUAUAUAGUAACACACCAUGUGUAUUGUAUAUAAACUGCAGUUAUUUCUAUAUGUGUGCAUGUAUAUGUAAAUAUAUAGAUAGGUAAAUAUGUACUUUAUAUGAUAGAUAGGCUGCACAAGUAUUUUAAGGGCUCAAGGUUGAGUCUACCCUACAGCCUGCUUACCAUAUGCAGAACAGAUCCUGAUAUUCUAGUUUACUUAACACAGUGAAAAAAGUAAACUUGAAGGUAAUUAAAACUAGAUUAGUGCUUCUA